GAGAGCAAACAGAAAGCCAGCUGGCAGAAACUGAACAGUGCCACUGCAUUUUUAUUGCUUCUAACCCCCCCCAAACAGAUUAUUACUAAAAAAAAUGUCUUUUUUAAUUUCAUUUAUCUCUGAUCCUGCAUUAAUUUGUCUGCUGUGUGCAGCGGUAUUAUUAGCUCUACUCUAUUUUUCAACUGGCUAUAAAAAUUCAGCUUUUAAAUUUCCUCCUGGUCCAACUCCUCUUCCGAUCAUUGGUAACCUGCACUUGGUGGAUCUUAGAAGGCAAGAUAAAUCACUAAUGAAGCUUGCGGAAAAAUACGGCCCCAUCUUCACCCUCCACUUUGGGUUCCAGAAAGUUGUGGUCCUGACCGGGUACGAAGUUGUGCGGGAGGCGCUUGUGAACUACACAGAGGAGUUUGUAGACAGACCAUCCAUCCCAAUAUUUGACCAAAUUCAGAACGGAAACGGUUUGUUCUUCUCUAUUGGGGAGCUGUGGAGAACAACUCGGAGAUUCACCGUGUCCAGCAUGCGCAACCUCGGCAUGGGGAAAAAAAUGAUAGAAGGGAGAAUUUUUGAGGAGCUUCACUUCCUUAUCGAGAUGAUCAAAUCCUUCAAAGGGGAACCUUUUAGCCUAACGUCCUUCAACUGUGCUCCAAUCAACAUCACCUUCGUCAUGCUGUUUGGGGACAGGUUUGACUAUAAGGACCCAACAUUUCUCACUCUCUUAAGACUCAUAGAUGAAGUUAUGAUUCUUCUGGGAUCUCCAUAUUUGAGCUAUUUCAACUUCUACCCAUUCCUUGGAUUUCUUUUCAAAACCCACAAGAUUAUGCUUGGGAAAAUAGAAGAUGUACGUGUCAUUUUAAGGCAAUACAUGAAGGCAAGCAGGGAGGAUAUCAAUGAGAACAGCGUGAGGAGCUACAUUGAUGCACUGAUAUUCAAGCAACAAGAGGAGAAAAACAAGAAAGACAGCCUCUUCCAUGAUGACAACUUAAUAGCAUCUAUACUUGACCUGGUCAUGGCAGGAACAGAGACCAUAGCCACAACGCUCCAGUGGGCCAUCCUGCUGAUGAUGAAAUACCCAGAGAUUCAAAAAAAGGUGCAGGAGGAGAUUGGGAGAACCGUCCAAGCUGGAAACUGGGCCACGUAUGAAGAUAGGAAGAACAUGCCAUUUACAAAUGCGGUGCUACAUGAAGUGCAGAGGUUUAUCACCCUCCUGCCCCACGUUCCCCGCUGCACUGCUGUUGACACCCACUUCAGGGGCUACUUCCUUCCCAAGGGUAUAAUUGUAAUCCCAUCACUCACCUCAGUGCUGCUGGAUAAGACGCAAUGGGAGACACCACAUCAGUUCAACCCCAACCAUUUCCUUGAUGCCGAAGGGAAUUUUGUAAAGAGAGAGGCUUUCCUGCCCUUCUCCACAGGGCGAAGGAACUGCAUUGGAGAAAGCCUGGCCAAGAUGGAGCUGUUUGUCUUCUUUGUGGGGUUGCUUCAGACAUUUACUUUUCAACCCCAGCCAGGAGUUUCAGAGUCUGACUUGGACCUUACCGUCCCCCAGACGACCUUCACGUUAAGGCCUCAGCCUCAGGCAACCUGUGCUGUCCUGCGUGAAUAA